UCUACAUUGAUUGGUAGUGCCUCUUAAAUAAUUUGUAUGUAUACAAGUGCGCAAAAAAUAUUGUAAAGGAUUUUUUUCUAAUACGAUUAUGUUUAUUAACGAAGUGUCGUCAAAGGAUUCUGAAAAAUCUUUGGUCGAUUAACUAACAUAAUCCGAUAAGAAAAUCGAUAGAGUCAAAUUAUAAAUUGAAAAUUAUAUAGUUAUAACCAUAAUAAAUCUAUACCACUCGAAGGAUAGACAGUGAUUAAGAUAUAAAUACGUAUUUAUUACGUUUGAUUUUUAGCAUAUUUUGAUUACCAGUGGCAAUAAAAAUGAUUGUCGCCGUUUUGCUUGUUGUGUUAGUUUUGGUGUUAGUUAUUCUACACGAUGUAUUGAAGAAGAAAUCCCAAAGAUGGAAACUCCUGAGCAAGUUUCCUGGCAACCCACCUUUGCCACUCAUUGGCAACGUCUUAGAAAUUGGAUUUGAUGCUGAUGAGGCAUCGACCAGGUUAAUGGAAAUGUGGACGAAACAUGGAAAAACUAAUUUCCGUUUAACUGUGGGAAGCGAAGAAUGGGUGCUUCUGUCUGAACCUGAUGAUGUUGGAACACUUUUAAGCAGUCCUACAGAAUUGUCGAAACCAUUGGAACGCAACGUAGCAAUGAUGCCAUUUUUUGGUAAUUCAGUAUCAACCUCGGAAGGAGAAAGAUGGCGAUCCACAAGAAAACUAAUGAAUCCAAGUUUUCAAUAUAAAACUCUCGAAAAAAGAGUAUCAGAUGUCAAUGAAUAUUGUGAAAAUCUCUAUAAUAUAUUUGACAAAUAUUCAGGCAGAUCAAGUGUUGAUGUAUAUCGUUAUUUACGACCUUACAUGUUUGAUUUAUUGUGCAAUUCACUUAUGGGUGUUAAUUUUUAUAUGCUUGAUGACCUUGAACAUCCAUAUUUAGAUGCCAGUAGUAAAAUUGUCAGUAUCAUUACGGAGAACUAUUUUUCAUACUGGAGAAAUAUCCGACCACUUUUCGUCUUAUCACCGGUCUAUAAGGAAAUGAUGUCAGUAAUUAAGAUUAUCAGAAAUCAAAGCACGGAGAUAAUCAAAGAAAGAAGAAAUAUAUUACAAAGGUUCAUUGAAGACACGAAAAAUAAUAAUAAAAAUGUUAAUAUUGACAUUGAUAAAUUAAUUGGUGAAAAGUUGUCGGAUGAUGCUUGUCUUUUGGAUAAAUUCAUUCUCAGUAAGUCCAUUAACGGGGACUCUAUACCUGAUGAUGUAAUCAAUGAGGAAAUAACCCUUGUAGCGUUUACGGGUCAUUAUACAACAACGAUGACAAUGAGUCAUACGCUUUAUUUCUUGGCAAAAUAUCCAGAGAUCCAGCAAAGGGUAUAUGAAGAACAACUCUCUGUCUUCAACAAUGACAUUACUAAGAAGCCGACUAAUAACGAUUUAACAGAAAUGAAGUAUCUGGAAGCAGUUAUCAAAGAGAGUAUUAGAGCGGUGCCUACUGUUACGAAGAUUGGAAGACAACUUAAAAGUGAUCUUCAUUUCAAAGAUGGUCGAACUGCGCCAGCAGGAACUUCAGUGUUAAUAUUUUUCGAUGCACUAUAUUCGAACCCCAAAGUGUUCCCGGAACCAGAAAAAUUCAAGCCAGAAAGAUUCUUAAGCAACAUGCAUCAGUUUGCAUUUACACCGUUCAGUGCUGGACCAAGAAAUUGCAUUGGUUUCCGGUACGCUUGGGUGGCGAUGAAGGCAACCCUAUCAAAUAUAUUGAGAAGAUACGAAAUCCUUCCCGGCGAGCCUGGUACGGAACCGCAAUUUAAAUACAGAAUAAUAACGGAAUCCGUAAAUGGUAUCCAACUUAGGUUAAAGAAAAGAGACGAAUAUAUUUAAGGUUUUAUCAUAAGUAUUUAAUGUUAGAUUUAAUUUACUAUUUAUUAACAUUAAAUGUUUGCAUUUAAUUUUGUAUACGAUUGUUUCAUAUACUGUACUAAAUUGAAGCAGAUAUAAAUCAAACAUUGGAAGUAUUAGGCAUUUUACGAAAUGUAUAAUAAUAUUGAUUAAUUUAUGUGAUUUUGGUCUCAUGAUAAGCAAAGUCACCUUAUAAGUAACAAACAACUAGGCAAAUAUUAAGUUACUAUUUAUCUAGAUGUGUACAAAGUUUAGUAUACAACUUACAGUUCUUAAUAAUAUAUAUGAAUGCAUAGAUGUUACUACUUAACUCCAAAACGGAUCUGGACUAAAUAUAGCUUGGACUUAGUUGUUAGACUCGGGCAAGGUCGCGGGCGAUAGCUAGUGUGUAUGUAAUGCAAGGAAUAGAUAUAAAAAGGAGGAGAUGU